CAGGCAGGGAGGGCUGAAUGAGGCUUGUGUGAGGUGCGUUUUACUUCAUUCGGCCAGUCAGCCGCGGUACUUUUUGCCGUCAAUUGUGGACUGACGUCUUGAAUUCGACAAGCUAAAUUCGUUGUUUUUUUUAAUCGUCCGAUCGGGACACACGCGACAAAGACGGAUGCGGGAUUCUUCGCGUGAGUCUGUAUGGAGAGACACUGCGUGGAUUUUAAACCGACAUGCUGGGUUAACGUUUGAGUGACCGUCCGGUAAAUUCCUGACAGGAGGGAAAUGAAUCGUUUCAGCGGCGCGCGGGAUUGAGCGCGUAACUGUUGCUGCAAACGUGUAACUGAGGGAAAAUGAAGGGAUAACUCAACUAAUUCGCGGGGGUUGGACGUAGGCAGUAAACGAAGAUGAAGAGGCGCUGGUGGCGAUCUGGCUGUCUGGGCUCUGUGAUUGGCCUCUUUGUUUUCUUCUCCCAAGUCUCGGCCCAAAACACUGAAGACUGGCACUAUGAGGAAUGCAAGUUGUCUCGGUCGGGUCCGCCUGCUACUAUCGUCACCAUUGAUGAGGAGAGUCCAAAUGGCACCGUUCUCGUGGAAAACAUGCAGAUCAACGGUCGAGCACAGGAUCCAGAUCGAACCAUCUCCUUGACACUGCUGAAUAACUAUGAUUACUGGGUUAUCCUUGACUCGGCAUUGCAGAGACUGUAUCUCAACAGCACCGGACGAGUACUCGACCGAGACCCACCAAGUUACAUCACCACCAUUGUCGUUCAGGUUCAAUGCACCAAUGAACUUGUGGGGACAGUUAUUCUGCAUGAGGUACGGAUAGUGGUGAGGGACAAAAAUGACAACACGCCCAAAUUCCAGCAGCCCGGUUACUACGUAGCGGUAAAUGAGCUCACUCCAGUCGGUACCACCAUCUUCACCGGCUUCUCAGGAAGCAACGGAGCCACAGACAUUGACGACGGACCGAAUGGACAGGUUGAAUAUGGCAUUCAGUACAACCCAAAUGACCCGAUGUCGAACAGGACCGUGCGGAUUGCUGGGACUCUGUCUGGUAACAUUGUGUUGGCAGAGAGACUAAAUUAUGAGGAGAGAACUCGAUAUCUAAUUAUAGUCCAGGCCAAUGACCGGGCUCCGUUUCCAGGAAGUCGUCGCACGGCAACCACCACACUAACCCUGGAUGUUUUAGAUGGAGAUGAUUUGGGUCCCGUAUUUCUCCCGUGCGUUCUGGUUAACAACACCCAGGACUGUAACCCCGUCACGUACCGCGUGGCCAUUCCUGAGCUCACAGACCCGAGCAAGCUGAACCCUUUAAAUGUGACUCCUCCUAUUCGUGCCAUAGACCAGGAUAGAAACAUCCAGCCUCCCUCGGACAGACCCGGAAUUUUGUACUUCAUCCUGGUUGGUCAACCAACCGUUUACCCAGAAUUCUUUUCCCUCAACAAGAGCACAGCCGAGCUACGUCUGCUGAAACCAGUGGACAGAGAGCUUUAUCAACGCUUCAAUCUCGUCAUUAAGGCUGAACAGGACAACGGUCACCCUCUCCCUUCAUACGCCAACUUAAACAUUGAAAUCUUGGAUGAGAACAACCAGGCACCAUAUUUCCAGCGACCCUCUUACCAGGGCUUCAUCAGCGAGUCGGCCUCCGUUGGCACCACCAUCUCUGUGAGCGCUAACCUCACAGCCCCGCUGGGCAUCAUAGCACUGGACAAUGACAUUGAGGAGACCAAGGAUCCCCAACUGCAGAUUUCGAUGAAUGAUUACACCUCCAUCUUCACUAUCACAUCUACGGGCAUCACACGGUAUCUCACCCUACUGAAACCAGUGGACAGAGAGAAACAGACCAACUACACCUUCACGCUGUUGGCAUCUGACGGCGUUCAGCUGAGCAGACCCGUGACGGUGGACAUCCUGGUGAUCGAUGCGAACGAUAACUCACCCACCUUUACUCAGGUGUCCUACAGUGUGGAGGUCUUCACGAAUAUGUUGCCCGGAGAGACCGUCUUGCAGCUGUUUGCUCAGGACGCUGACGCCGGUUUAAACGGACUGAUCACGUACUCGAUCCUGGCUGGAGAUCAGGGUGAUUUCAUCAUCAAUAACCGCACAGGUCGAAUCACAUUAGCUCCGGGGGUCACGCUGGUCGUCGGCCGCUCGUACGCUUUGACCGUCAGAGCUUCAGACAAUGCACCUGACCCAGAGAGAAGGAGCUCCAUAACUACAGUCUACAUUGAGGUUUUGCCACCCAACAAUCAGAGUCCUCCACGAUUCCCCCUGCAGACAUACAACCUAGAGAUCAGUGAAGCCAUGAGGAUCGGAGCCAUACUGAUGAACCUGCAGGCUACAGACCGUGAGUUGGAUCCAAUUACCUACCAGAUAGACAGCGGUGACCCGCAGCAGGUCUUUAAUCUCUCACGAACUAUAGGUCUUCUGCUGCUGGCCAAACCUCUGGACAGAGAAACCACUGACCAGUAUCGUCUUAUCGUCACCGCUUCUGAUGGGCAUCCAGGAGGGAUAUCCACCGCCACCGUGAGCAUUGUUGUGACGGACGUAAAUGACAACGACCCAACCUUUGACCUUACUCUACCCAGAAACCUGACAGUGCAGGAGGAACAAGCUAAUGUGUUUGUGGGUCAAGUCAGGGCCACCGAUCCUGACGCGGGACAGAACGGGCAAGUUCGCUACCGGCUGCUCUCCUACGCCUCUCUCUUCACCAUAAACUCCACAGGCACCAUCGUCACGGCGGUACCGUUGGACAGGGAGACGCGGAGCCGGUACGACCUGAUCGUGGAGGCAUCCGAUGGUGCGGUAGACCCGCGUAGGGCCACCAUCACACUUCUAGUGGAGGUGAUGGACAUCAACGACAACAGCCCUGUGUUUUCACAGGCCACGUACACAGUCAACGUCCCCGAAAACACGCCUGCUGGAACCGUCAUACUGAGACUCAGUGCGGUGGAUGCAGAUCUCGUCUCUAAUGUGACCUACAGAAUCAAAACAGAAGCGGCCCGGCAGCUCUUUGCUGUGAACCGGCUGACCGGCGCCGUCUCUGUGCUUCAGGCUCUGGACUUUGAGGACCUAACAGCAGGGAACAGCACGUACACCUUUGAAGUGGAGGCGCUGGAUCACGGCGGAGUCUUGCCACCCGGCACGGCAACAGUCAUCGUUAGGAUCACGGAUAUGAAUGAUUUCACGCCCGUCUUCAGUCAGCAGCUUUACAAAGGGAUGGUUGCUCCAAACGCAGAGAAGGGGACUGUUAUCACUACUGUGUUUGCAGAAGAUCAGGACCCUCCAGGUUCACCCGCCAGUAAAGUGCACUACAGAGUGGAUCAAGAUCUGUCUCCCUACAGCGGCAGUAUCUUUGAUGUUCAGCAGGACACAGGCAGAGUCGUCACCAAAGUCAAUCUGAAUGAGCAGCCCACAGCCGUCUUCAGACUGGUGGUGAUCGCCUAUGAUGAUGGAGAACCGGUGAAGAUGAACAGAACUACGGUGGAAAUUACGGUUCUCCAGCCCUCCAGGAUCCCCAUCUUCACCGAAGAGGAAUACAGGUUCAGCCCGGUGAGCGAGAGCGCACCUGUCGGAACGCCGGUGGGACUUAUUUUGGCGGCAGCUGUCAACACCACAGUCUUUUACUCUAUAGUGGAUGGAAAUCAGGGAGGAGAGUUCACGGUUAAUAACCGCACCGGGAUCAUCUACACAAAUAAAUCACUGGACUAUGAAACGGUGACCAGUUACGUGCUGCGGGUGCAGGCCGACUCCCUCGCCCUCAUACUGGCUAACCUACGCGUUCCCUCCAAAACAAACACAGCGAAGGUUUACAUCGAGGUUCAGGAUGAGAAUGAUCAUCCGCCGGUCUUCUCAAGGUCCCUGUACAUCGGUGGAGUGACAGAAGACACAAAGACUUUCACCACAGUCCUUAAAAUUGUGGCUACAGAUGUUGACACCGGAAACUACAGUAAAAUGGCUUAUAGACUGAUCAUCCCACCUGCGGCUGAGGGCCAGGACAGUUUCAUUAUUGAGACCUACACGGGCAUCAUCAAGAGCGCCAUCAUGUUUAGAAACAUGCGCCGAUCUUACUUCAAGUUUGAGGUCAUCGCCACAGACAACUACGGGCUUGGUCUGAGCAGCAGAGCGGAUGUGGUGGUGUCGGUCGUGAACGCGUUGGACAUGCAGGUUGUGGUCUCAAACGUGCCGCCCACCGUUGUGGAGGAGAAUAAAGAUCAGCUGAUUGCUAUUUUGGAACGCUAUGUGCAAGAUCAGAUCCCCGGUGCUAAAGUGAUAGUGGAGUCGAUCGGCCCCCGUCGACAUGGAGAGGGAUAUGAACUGGAGGACUACACUAAAUCAGAUCUGCAGGUGUACGCCAUCGACCCUCUUACCAACAGAGCCAUCUCCAGACAAGAGCUCUUCAAGUUUCUAGAUGGCAAGAUUCUGGACAUCAAUAAAGAGUUUCAGCCGUACCUGGGCGAGGGCGGGCGGAUUUUGGAGAUCCGUUCUCCUGACAUUGUUGCGACUGUGAAGAAAGCUGCGCAGGCGGUGGGCUACACAGAGGGGGCGCUGUUGGCGCUGGCUAUCAUCAUCAUCCUGUGCUGCAUCCCUGCCAUUUUAAUAGUCAUGGUGACGUAUAAACAAUUCAAAGAGAGGCAGACAGAGUGUGCCAAAACCGCCCGUAUCCAAAUGGCGCUUCCAACCGGGAAGCCGACGGCAAGCGCUCCAACCAAUCUGUACGAGGAACUGGGAGACAGCAGCAUGCGUGGCUUUGGCAGACAGCAGCAGCAGCUGUUAAGACCGUCUCUGCUUCGGCCCGGGGCCCUUUCCAUGGAAUCAGGCAUCGAUCCUGGCCAAGAUUACUAUACCCAAGACUACUAUAGCUACGAUCAAGGAUAUGAUCCGUAUCCACCUUAUGGCAGUCGCAGAAGGCUGAUCACACCCAUGUAUGAUGAGUAUGGAGAGGCCAUCACGGAGGAUGACGGGUAUUAUUUUAGUGGACCAGAGGCUGGCAAAAAGAAGAGGAUCAAACUGGUUUUGGACCGAGAUCAAGACACGACUUCCACGGCGGAGGACAGUGGCUCGGACGUCACCAGUCACAGUAACAUCAACGGAUCGGUAUACCUUGCCCAAAACGGUACCAUCAUCAGAACGCGAAGGCCCCCUUACCCCAACAACUUAAAAAUGGGCUCUCCUGUGCGAUUGGGCAAGCAAUUCAAAAAACUGGAUAAACUGGGUGUCACGCAUGAAGAGCAGUUACCUUUAAAUGGAACAGGAGAUAAUGGGCCCACUCCCAGCAUCACCACAGCUCUUUCUUCUGUUACUGAUCACAACCUCAACUCCAAAGACUGUCGCGUAACGGGCCCUAACAGCAUAGGACCCAAAUCCAACAUCGACAAAGCCCGUUUGCGGCAGCACAGCGGGAACAGUGAGCAGGAGUCCUCGGUGGACAACGGAGGGAUUACAGCGCCCCUCGAGUCUCUCAUGGGUCCAUGUGAGCAAACAUUGACAUCUGAUGAAGAAGAGCUGUGGAUGGGACCUUGGAAUAACUUACACAUACCAAUGACAAAACUCUAAAUUUGGGGUUUACUAAUGUUGUUACCCUUUCUUUUAUAGCCUUUUUGAUGUUUUGUCUGGGUCAAUAACAGGCGAUUGUAAUUCUGUUGUUAUACUUACAUCAAACACCGAAUGUGGUUCUCUUACGUACAUCAUUUUUCAGGGAGAUGGUUAUCAUAUUCCAGUUCUUAUCAUCGGUGAGAGAAAAUUGGUGUGGGAGACAGGGCUAUUCGGUAUGAUUACUUCACCUCGAAAUGUAUAAACCGCGCGAUUAAAAUGAUAAGUUGAUAUUUCACAAACAGACGAUACAGAGAAAAUCUGGCCGAUUUAAGCGUGUCUAUUGCAGGAGAUUGAGGUGUAUCUUUUAAAAUUGAGACAAAAUUGAGAAACGGCUGCUGCGCUGAGUGAUUUCUCACAUUUUUUUAAUGGAUGUAUUUUUACAUUGAAAUAAUAUAUAUAUGGUUGUAAUGGCCCUAAUAUUUUGAGAAGAUUAUUUACAUAGAUCUAUAAAUGUAACCAAGUAUAAAAUAUGUAUUUUGAUAACUUGAACUGUGUUAUAUACAAAACGUUUUUCUUUCUUUUUUUGUCAAAAAAUCUAAUUAAUUUAUCUAGAACAGUGGUUCUCAAACUGGGUCCCCUGGGGGGUCCUGAGAUGGUGCCAGGGGUCCCAGUUUAAUGAUAUUUUAUAAAACACAUGAAUUUAUCAUAAAUGAUGUGUAAACCUCAGAAAGUAAGGCUACUAACCAACAGCACUGAAUUUUGUAAUAUACUAAGUUUUCCUUAAUUUUAAGUUAAGUUUUGUCGUCAUAAUUUUUUUUGGGGGGGGGGCAUUUAGGGAUGCAUCGUACACAAGUUGGGGGCGGGCGCACAUCGAAAAAAAUUGAGAACCACUGAUCUAGAACACGUCUUUUUUUUUCAUUUGGUCAGAUAUUUUAGCUUUGAUUUAUAAUCAGAAAUAAAUGUGUGAACAUGUGCAGGUCAUGCAAACAUGUUUAUUAAUAAAUUGACAUUAAACAAA